AGCAUGGAUGUGGACGUUGAGGGGAUUAUCCAGUGCAUCAAGCAGGGAGAUGAAAAUGGUGUCCAGAUACAACUGCAGGAGUUCAACAAAGAGUACGCCCAGUGCUUCUUCUUCGAUGCAGAGGAAAGGGAACGACAGAAACAAAGAAGACUAGAAGAGUUCAGGAAGAAUAAAGUGAGGGACUAUGCCGAUUCGGACUCUGACGGGGAGGACUACGAACAGGAGAAUCGAGGUCUCCUCCUCAGACAGAAUUUAGCUGUGGUCCUCGUAAGGUUCAUCAAAUCAGGAAUCAAAGGACACCUGCUGAGAGUGUGUCUGCGCACCCUGAGGAUCCUGUCCCGAGACAAAAAGAUCCUCAGCCCCCUGGUGACCGACAGCACGCUCCUGAAUCUGGCCAAACUAGCGGGGCUGACCACGAGUGAUGUCAGCGAGGAGCCCACCGACCCCGACAGUGAAUUCUACGAUAACAUCAUCGCGUCCCUGGCAGAGGCCAAAGUGCUGCAGGGCCAUGCCUACGAGGAGGAAGGCGAAGCCGAGGAGUACCUCCCCAUCGACGAGGAAUCCAGAAGUGAGACCAACAGCGGAGAACUGGACAACAUCAGCUGGUCUGGGAGCCACAGGACCAGCAUCAACGAAAUGCACAAAGGGGGCACCCAUCAGAACGUGCUGGAGCGAGGGAAGAGGGACCGCCGAGAGAGCAAGAUGGAUAGAGAGGAAGAGGAGGAGGACGGGGCCCACGAGGAGGAGGCGCUCAGGAAAGAAGCCAUGAAAGUGCUGUGCAACGUGGUGUACAACAGCACCUGGGCACAAGAGAGGUUCAGUGGUCUCAGGCUCCUGAGUGGUCUCAUUGAGCGUCUGUCCUCCAGCGUCAGCUGGUCCACUCCGUCCAGCCUCCAGUUCUACGAGCUGCGCCUCAUGUUUCUCGUCACUGCACUGCGACCCGAGCUGAGCGCUCAACUUCAACAGGUAGCAAGGCCGGAGGUCCUGUCUGUGAGACGGUUAAUUGUCAUCACGAGAAAAUGUGACGCUUUACCUGGUAUCCUCCCUCAGGAGGGAGGGCUGCCAAUCCUCACCGCGGCCCUGGAGAGCUGCCUGGAGGUGCAGUGGAAGGAGCAGUACGAGUGUGUGCUGGACCGUGCGGCACCACCCAUAUCUCUGGAAGCGUCUCAGCGGAUCAUGGAGAUCCUCAAAAUUCUCUUCAACAUCACCUACCGGACCCACAGGCAGGAGCCGAGUGAGGAAGUUGCAGCUCUGUGUCGACACCUGGUGGCGAUUCUGCGCAUCUGCCUGCUCAGGAAGUGUUUGCUGUCGGACGAUACUGACGAGCUGCAGGGCCACACAGUCAACCUGCUGUCAGCGCUGCCUCUCCAGUGUCUUGACGUGCUGCUGGUGGCGCCUCUGGAGCCAGACUCCAAGCAAAGUGUGGGUGUCAAUAUGGACUGUGUCCACGCCCUGCUGAUGUUCAUGGAGAGACGCCUGGAGCUGGGUGAUAAGAUCAAAGAGAAGGUGACGCCGAUCCUCAAUCUGCUGACAGAGAGCUGCAGGGCUCACAGAGAAACACGCCUCUACAUCAGGAAACAUAUUCUGCCUCCCCUGAGAGAUGUAUCACACAGGCCAGAGGAUGGCUCCACAGUGAAGAAUCGUCUGGUCCGUCUCAUGACUCAUCUCGACACAGACCUCAAACAUUGUGCUGCUGACCUCAUCUUUGUCCUCUGCAAGGAAAAUGUGAGGCGUUUUGUCAAGUACACAGGUUAUGGGAACGCCGCGGGCCUGCUGGCCACCAGAGGUUUGCUCGGAGGUCAGAGCCCCGGGGCCUACAACUCCAGUGUCCAGUAUUCCAGCGACUCGGAUUCCGACACGGAGGAGUACCGGCAGGCCAAAGACCGCAUCAACCCGGUGACAGGGCGGGUGGAGGCAGAGCAGCCAGACCCUAUGGAGGGCAUGACAGAGGAGGAGAAGGAGGAGGAGGCCAAGAGGCUGAUCAUGCUCUUCAACAGGCUGUCCAGGGAAAGCAUCAUCCAGCCCAUGGGAGUGAAUGCAGAAGGGAAGCUUGUCCCGAUAAUGGGACUUGCAGAAAACUCCCUUUCUGACGAAGCAAAGCCUGAGACAGAGAAGGAUGGAGAUGCGGAGGAAGAAAACUGA